AUGGAUAUCAUUCUGGGUAUCAAAGUGCAAGACUCAGUGAUUGUCGCCACUUCCAAGGCGUUCACAAGAGGUAUCUCCAUUCUCAAAGACAAAGAUGACAAGACCAGAGUGCUCACUCCUCACAACCUCAUCGCCUUCACAGGAGAGGCCGGAGACACGACUCAAUUCGCAGACUACAUUCAGGCAAAUAUCCAACUGUUCUCUAUGAGAGAAAACACAGAACUCAACUCCAAGUCAAUUGCCUCGUUCAUCAGACAGCAAUUGGCUACAUCGAUCAGAUCUAGAACGCCGUACCAAGUUCAAAUCUUGCUUGGUGGACUCAACAAGGGAACAGAGCCAUUCUUGUCUUUGCUAGACUACCUCGGUACCAGAGUUGAUCUUCCGUACUGUGCCCAUGGAUACGCUGCCUUUUACACUAUGUCGUUGUUGGACCAUCACUAUCGCCCAGACAUGAACACCGAAGAAGGCUUGAAGCUUCUCAAAUUGUGCAAUGAAGAACUCGAAAAAAGAAUGCCAAUUGACUUCAAAGGAUUAUACGUGAAGGUCAUUGACAAAGAUGGCAUCAGAGACAUAGAUUUUGCUUAA